CGUGGGCGCAGCACCUGCGCGAUGGAGGCGGCCCCCGGAGGGUCCCCGCGCCCCGCAGCCCAGGCGCCCGCGCCCCAGCCCGAGGCUCGCACCCCGCAGCCCCCUCCUGUGUCUCCCCAGGACAGAAGAGCCAGUCGCCUGUCAUUCUGUACGAAGGUUUGCUAUGGCAUUGGCGGGGUCCCCAACCAGGUGGCCUCCAGCGCCACAGCCUUUUACCUGCAGCUCUUCCUGCUCGAUGUGGCCCAGAUCCCUGCUGCCCAGGUGUCACUGGUCCUGCUCGGAGGGAAGGUGUCUGGGGCAGCUGCUGACCCCGUGGCUGGAUACCUUAUCAGCAGAAGCAGGAGGACAGGGUCUGGACGACUCAUGCCCUGGGUGCUGGGCUGCAUGCCCUUCAUCGCCUUGGCUUACUUCUUCCUGUGGUACCUGCCCCCCUUCACCAACCUCCGGGGCCUUUGGUACAUGGCCUUCUACUGCCUGUUCCAGGCUGUGUCCACGUUCUUCCAGGUGCCCUACACGGCGCUCACCAUGCUGCUGACACCCAGCCCCCGGGAGCGGGACUCGGCCACCGCCUACCGGAUGACCCUGGAGAUGGCGGGGACGCUGCUGGGAGCUGCCGCCCACGGGCUCAUCGUGGCCGGGGCCCACGGCCCCCACCGGUGCGAGGACGCCGAGUCCCCGGGGCCCGGAGCCGUCUCCCCCAACGCGACCUGUCUCUACUCCAUUGCAGCGGCCGUGGUUGCUGUGACCUACCCCGUGUGCGGUGGUUUCCUCUGCUUGGGGGUGAAGGAGCGGCCAGACCCCUCUGCCCCCGCCUCCAGCCGGGGCAUGAGCUUCCUGGCCGGGCUGGGCCUCACGGUGCGGCACCCGCCCUACCUCAAGCUGGUGAUCUGCUUCCUGUUCAUCUCAGCAGCCGUCCAGGUGGAGCAGAGCUACCUGGUCCUGUUCUGUACCCACGCCUCCGAGCUCCAUGACCAUGUGCAAAGCCUGGUGCUGACCAUUCUGGUCUCGGCUGUCCUGAGCACGCCCCUGUGGGAGUGGUUCCUGCAGCGCUUCGGGAAGAAGGUGUCGGCCUUUGGGAUCAUUGUGAUGGUGCCUUUUGUCAUCCUGUUGGCGGCUGUGCCCAUGGCCCCCGUGGCCUACGUCGUGGCCUUUGUGUCUGGCGUGAGCAUCGCUGUGUCCUUGCUGCUGCCCUGGUCCAUGCUCCCAGACGUGGUGGAUGACUUCCAGCUGCAGCACCAGCACGGGCCCGGCAUAGAGACCAUCUUCUACUCUUCCUACGUCUUCUUCACCAAGCUCUCGGGCGCGGGCGCCCUGGGCAUCUCCACGCUCAGCCUUGAGUUUGCCGGGUACAAGGCGGGAGCCUGCCAGCAGGCAGAGCAGGUGGUGGUGACCCUCAAGGUCCUCAUCGGGGCCGUGCCCACCUGCAUGAUCCUCACCGGGCUUUGCAUCCUCAUGGUCGGCCCCGGCCCAAAGGUGCCAAGCCAGGACGCCGCUCGCCAGCUGAGCCUUCGGAGGAGGACCAGCUACAGCCUCGCUGCAAGUUAAAGCUUCGUCAGCCGAGCAGCAGGAGCCCGCAGCCUCUGGGCUCAAAGUCCCCCUCUCCUCUCAGGCGUUCGGAACCCCCACUUCGCAGCAUGCACGUGACCUUUUCCCCGGAACACGGAGUCUCCAGCGACCUCUCCAGAAGGGACUGGCCUGGGUCCCACCUGUCUUUCCUUACCUAUCGGCCACGGACUAUUUCACAUAAACCUGUGCCCCUGCCUACCUGGCUCCAGCUGACGUUUGACUUGGAAAGCGUCCCAAUAGCAAUUUGUCCUGGGAAAAAAGGAGCCUCGGCCAGCCCGGCCUGCAGACUCCCCAACCACCAGCUGACCCGACAGGACAGACACACAGACAGACCCUUUGUUCUUCCUGGCGCCCCAGUAGACACCUGAGAGAGAGAGACCGACAGACGUCCAUGAAUGGACAGGGUGGGGACAGAUGGUCAGCGGGGGAUGUUCAGUGAGGACGGACAGACAGAUGCAGGGAGGCCAGCAGACCCGGCGAGAGCGAGGGGACAGCGGUGGGGUGAGAAGGCGGAGGGGGCCCGGGUGUUUCUCAGGCCUUUGUCCGGUUCAUGACUGCUGCCAGAGGCGGGCACAGACAAGCUGAGCCACCAGAGAGCGGUCAUCUUUAUGAACAGUAGUUCUUUUUGUGGGAAUAUCUUCUCUGGACUUUUACAAAAAGUACAGGAACCACCAUUUUCUAGAAGCCAUAUCUUUGGAAAAGAUCCACUGAGGUUUUGGGUUGUUUUUUUCAA